AUGGCCGGCCUCAACGGGAGCCAGGGCAGGACCCUGCAUCUGCCCAGCGCUGGUCUCCCGGCACAAAGGGCAGUGGGAGCCAGGGCUGAGCAAUUGCAGCAGUCCCGGGAUGUGGCUCUGCCUUCCCUCCGGCUGGCACGUGGAGCUGCUCUGACUGCCCUUCUCUCCUUCCCAAAUUGUUUUCCAGUUGCCUUCCUGUCAAAGCCUCAAGGUCUGGUUACUCCCAAGAAGAAAGGGAACGGCAAUAAAAGAAGAAAAGGCAAAGGCCUGGGGAAGAAGAGAGACCCGUGCCUGCGGAAGUACAAGGAUUUCUGUAUUCACGGCGAGUGCAAGUACAUCCGAGAGCUGGGAGCUCCCUCCUGCAUAUGCCAGCCAGGGUAUCACGGAGAGCGCUGCCACGGCCUCUUGCUGCCGGUGGAGCACCCGCCCAGCGCGUACGACCACACCACGGCUCUGGCCGUGGUUGCUGUUGUCCUGUCCUCCCUGUGUCUCGUCAUCAUCGCAGCCCUGCUGAUGCUCAGGUGUCACAAGAGGGGUGGCUACGAUGUAGAAAACGAAGAGAAAAUCAAGCUGGGCAUCACUGUGAAUCACUGAGGAUGCCGGGUGCUGGCGAGGUGAGCCCCUGGCUGGGCAGGGGGCAGCAGUGGGGCUGGUGGACAUCUGGGGGCUCUGCUGUUCAUGCUGGCUGGGACUGCUAUAUGGAUCCCGUGCCAGAGCCAGGCAGGAGUGUUGAAGGCAGCCUAAGCCUGGAGAAGAGCCUGCCUGGAUUUGGGCGGAGAACUUGGGCUGCCCUGUGGGGCUCCAACCCUCUUAUCUCGCCUUCCUGCCCAAGUCCCUGUUCUCUGACUACUUCAUUCCUCCCACCUCCUCCUUUCUAGCCCCCAGUCCCUGCUCUGCCCCAGUGCUCCAUGCUUUGGGGAUGUUUGGCAGUGGGGAAGCUGCUUCUGUUUUGGUUUUUUUUUUCCCACUUGUUCUGCUCCCUCUCUGACCCUCUGAGUCACUUCCCCUCCUUAGAUAUUGCUUCUAUUUAUACAUAUGUGUAAAAAACCCCUUUCCUUUUCACUCCCACUCUGCUUAUUACUUGCAGCAGAGCAAGUAAUGCUCUUGCAGCUGGGCACAGGGGGAUCUUGCUGCCAGCCCAUGCCAUAUUCCUCUGGCUGGCUGGGUGGUGGGUGAGGUGUGUGCUCUACUCCAGGGGUGGCUGCAGGGCUGGGUGCUGAAAAGCUGUCAAACUUCCUCUGGUCUGAUCCAAACCCUGACGUUAGAUGUGGCCAUACAUAUCACAGCUCCUUCUCUUCUUGAAAAAAAAAAAAAAA